GUUUGAUUCAUCACCACCAUUUCAUCUUAUUAGUAUUAGCAAAUUUCAAUGCAGCUGCUGUGUCACGUUCCGGCCCUUGAUAUGUAUUAGAGACACCCCGCUUGCAAUUCGAACGACUUGGCUUUGUGAGAACGCUACGGCACUUCCCUGGACAUCAUGGCACUGCGAAUAAUUCCCAAUUUUUCACCUCUGUCGUCGUUGGCGUUACCCAUCCUCUCUACAGUCCUCCGGCUCAACACGACAAAUAGACCAUAUAUCACGCCUAGUGAACUGCCAGUACUGGGCGGACCUCCAAAAGCCAGUCUCUCCUCUCUCCUCGCAGAUAUCUGGGAGUCUGUCCUGCGAGCGGUCCCGAAGAAAAAAACAUCGCAUAUGAAAAAGCGACAUCGACAGAUGGCCGGCAAGGCAUUGAAGGAUGUUAAGAGCAUUGUUAGAUGUCCAGGCUGCGGUCAGGAGAAAAGGGCACAUAUUCUAUGUUCUCAUUGUGUGCAGGAUAUCAAAGAGCAGUGGAAAAAAGCUCUCCGAGAGUAAAUUCAAUCGAAAUUUUAAUCGAAGUACUCGGAUACAAACAUACACUAUGGAGAUAGGUUGAUUUGGGGAGCCUGAGAAAAUCGUGGCCAUCUACCGCAGUAGUGAGC